AUGAAAAAUCAACUUCAACAUGAGGAGGCAAUACAAAGCUUUGAAGCGGAAGUUGAAAAUGCCUCGAAGGAAGCAUCGAAAAUAGCUCGAGCUACGCUAUCAUCCAAGCCCAAAGUAAUACGAGAUACGAACGAAGGACGGGAGGAAUCAAAUCAAACCAUCUACGGGGCUACCGCUUCACAGCGUCCCAACGAACAGCGAGACUCAGAGAACUCAAUCUCGCGAAAGAAGGCAAGAGAAGAUUUAGUAGUUUCAGGCCCAGAGGGUCUAAGCAUGAUGGCCAUGAGCGAGCACUCAUCAUUGGCAUACCCGCAUGAAACAAUUAAGUACAUCGAGCUGCAACGUGGUUCAAGCGGGGGGUUCGGCUUCGCAUCACUCAUACGAGGCAUGCAAGACUCUACUAUCACUAGCACGGUUUAUCAGGAUAGAUAUUUCUAG